GGGGACUGGCUGCAUACGGCGAAGCUGGGAUUCAGAAAUGGCCUCGAGGCCAGCGUUGGUAAAUCGUUUGUUCGGCAUCUGCGAGCAGUAUUCAAUGAGCUUACACCAGACCGCAUCGAUUGCCUCAAGUUGAGAGGAUGCGUCGUUCCGGACCCCUUUGCACCGCUGCUGAAGACUGAGUACAAUAAUCCAGCGAAGCAUGGGCACCAACGGUUGCCUCCUCUGUCCAAAGUGAAUAUUUACUCAUGCUGAUAAUCCAGAUGUUGUGCUUGGAUGUAGGAUUUUUCUUUCGAAUGUACACCAAACACGAGCUACUGUGAUGGCAUCAGACUCGACUACCCCCACCGCUGGCAAUGAGAAUGACAUAUAUGUUGUCAGUGUUGACAUUGGCAGUACUACUAUGCGCUGUUUCAUAGUGGAUGCAGAUGCUAAGUUUAUAGCUGUAGCCGUGCAGCCCAUUGAAUAUUUACGGCCGCAGCAUGGGUAUGUGGAGUUAGAUCCAGAAGUCAUCUGGAAUCAAUUUGUCCAAGUGGUGAAGGAUGCUAUGAAAAAGGCAGGCAUAUCCGUGAGUCAAGUUUCUUCGAUGGGCAUCAGUUUGGCGAGAGGCACAUUCACCUCUUGGCACAGAGACACUGGUGAAAUAUUUCAUCCUCUUAUCUCCUGGCAAGAUACACGCGCGACUGAGGUAGCAAAAGCUAUGAACAAGGGCUCUAUGUUCCGGACGCUAUCUGCCGGGAGCCGAUUUCUACACACUGUCACAAGAGAUAAGCGUUUUCUCGCGGCCGCUGUGAUCGAAUUCAAGAGCAUGCAUAUGUGCAUCCGUGCCAACUGGGUGUUGAAUAACAUGCCUGGGAUCAAAGAGCUUGCUGAGCAGGACAAACUGUUGAUGGGCACACUGGAUACAUUCCUGCUUUGGAGAUUGUCAAAUGGGAAAGUGUUUGCAACAGACUGCUCCAAUGCCAGUGCUACGGCGUUUUACGAUCCGUUCACCCUCGGCUGGAGCUCAAUCAGUUGCCAGCUCAUGGGAUUGCCGAUUACUGCUUUGCCGACUGUUGUUCACACAAGUGGGCACAUUUGUACAUCAGAAGAGUCGAUAUUUGGUGGACCAAUCGAAGUGCAUUGUGUGGUGGCUGAUCAGCAGGCAGCAGCAUUUGGUCAGAUGUGCUGGGAUCCUCUGCAAGUGAAGUGCACGCUUGGCACUGGUUCUUUCCUGGACGUUGUCACACAUGCACCACAUGCCUCAGCCACUGGAAUCUAUCCGGUGGUUGGCUGGCGCAUUGGUGACGAAGUGACGUACAUGGCAGAGGGCACUGCCACGAGCACUGGUAGCUGUGUGGAGUGGGCUCAACAAAUGGGUUGGUUCGAGGAUGUUAAGGACACAUCUGAUAUAGCCAAGUCUGUUGAAGAUUCUAACGGCGCUUGUUUUGUUCCGGCUUUCAGUGGCAUAGAGGCUCCAUACAAGGAUGAAUGGGCCUGCUGUUCAGUCUUGGGCUUGAAACCAAACACUAAGCGGGAGCAUCUUGUCCGUGCGAUGCUGGAGUCGUUUGCAUUUCGGAUUUCCCAGUUGCUGGACAUCUGCACAAAAGAACUGGGCUACCGGCCAGAGUCCAUACGCGUGGAUGGUGGUGUAUCGCGGAACGACUUUCUUCUGCAGACCAUCGCUGACCUGACCUCAUGUCGGAUACAGAGAGUGGACUGCAAGGAAACGAGUGCCCUGGGAGCAGCUUUCUUUGCUGGCCUAAGCUCAGGCUUUUGGAAGUCUAAAGAAGAUCUACAGGGGAAAGUCACAUUUACGGACGAGUUUGUGCCUGAACCUGAGAACAAAACGCGCCUGGUUGCUGCGUUUGACUUGUGGGAGAGUGCUGUGCAGCGCAGUCUUAAGUGGUACAAGGAUACCAACGUGUGAGCUCAGCGGCUGGAUAUUUGACACAGCGAUGACCUCACUCUUGGACUCGAUUGGAACGGUUCCUGUAAGUCCUUUGCCGGCUAGAAAAGCUGCCUGGCACCACAAUAUUCUAGUUCCCAGCCAAUGGCUCUGAGUAUUGUGCCUGCCCCUCGGCAUACAAUGUAUCUCAGUUGCUUCUUACUUUUUAUAGUUUAGUAGGGCUGAGUUUGUCGCUGAUUUCUCCCUUCUCAGUGCAGUAGGGGAAUUGUAGAAUAACUCACAUGCUGCCUGAAUGUAGCAUUGUAGGCAGGCGCGUGCCCCGUAUGGGUUCCUGGGUGCCCGGAACCCCCUUUUUUCGCUCAAAAUGCAGGAUUUUGCUUCAUUUUUUGGAACUUUUCCCGGGGGACGCCCCUGGAUCCCCCCCCCCCCCUUGAAGGGCACCGGCGCACGCGCCUGAUUGUAGGUACCAUAUCGCUUGAAGUACAUGUACUCUGUCUCCCAAACUCUUUACAUGGUUUAUAUCAUCUAGUAUCUACUCAUUGUCUUGUUAAUAAGUUGUUAUCUGCUGGGUUCUUAGAUGCUCCAGCUAUUCUUAGGAGCCGUAUACUUCGAAGUAGGUCGUCACAGCUUCCACAGUCUUGAAUACAUGUAUAGUACUGGUACUGGUGGUGUGCUAGCUAUAGUUUCAGAUAUAGACCCUGCUUUAUUACAUAGGACUGAGUCCACUGGGCAUGGGUGACUAUGACUGGCGAAAAGAUGGCCACGGAACCCGUCGAUGUGUGCCAUUCUGAAUUCUGAUUUAGGUUGUUCAAUUUUAUUCCCAGCUCCGUAUGAGCCAUGGUGCGCUGAAUCAUGCACAGGACACUACAGUGUGUAUUACUUGUUACCCCGGUUUGAUCAUUCCUUUCCCCAAGGCAAAUACUUUUUGGCAGUGUCCUUUCCAGCUGAACUGAGAAUUUUCUUCAGGAGCAUAGACAAUAAUUAUUAUUAGACACUAUUAUCACCAAGAAUGCUCUAUUUUUUUUUCCUGUAGCCCAUUUCCGCUGCAAACUAACUUUCCACAACUGCUGGAUUUCCUCUUUUGCAGCGCAGUGCUCAAAUUUGGUUAUACAAUCUGUUCAUGACUAGAGUCAAAUGACUGGAGUUAAAACUUCUACAUGCACAACUCAAUCCGGAGUCCUUUUUCGAUAUAAUCCUCAGUUCUCCAUCUCCUGACUACUGUAUGACGUACAUGCAUAGCUGUGGAUGCCGCUUCUUUCCCAUUUUCCGAUACUGUACAUUGUACUAGUACAUGACCUAGUGUUCUGCAUUCUUGAAAAUAAUGAUUUA